AUGCGCACUGGAAGGCGGAGGGGACCCAGGGACCAAGGAGCCCUGCAGCGUUCCCGCCUGGUGCGCCGGGGUCAGGAGGGCCCAGCUGAAGCCUGCGGGUCUGGCUCCACCGAGUGGCGCGGGGCUUCCCCCUUCCCCGCAGAGUCUGCCCCGGCUGGGCGGGCCAGCCUCGGGCCCCUUCAUGGUCAGGGCGCCCCUUUUCCCUACCUCGCCCCAGGGCCCGGGAGAGGAGGGAGCACCAGGGCCGAGGACCUGGCUGCUGAGCAGAGGGCUCAGGGCGACCGGCACUUGGGAGGGAGCGCCCAGGGUUCUGCAACAGGCACAUGGGCCUGGACACACACAGCACACUCAGCAACACUGCCCAAGAUGCUGGUAGAUCUGGCCUUGGAGAAAAACACCAUCUCCUUCCAGGGAUGCAUGGCCCAGCUCUUCUUACUCACCUCGUCUGCAUCUUCUGAGCUGUCACUGCUCACAGUCAUGGCCUAUGACCAUUAUGUGGCCAUCUGCCAGCCACUCUAUUAUGGGACCCUGAUGAGCCCGAGACCCUGCCUGGUGCUGACCAUGGGAGUCUGUGUGAUCUGUGCCCUGGCUUCCUCCAUCCACAUUGCUCUGACAGCACAGAUGUCCUUCUGUGGCCCCAAUGUCAUCACUCACUUCUUCUGUGAGAUCCCUCCACUGUUGCUGCUCUCCUGCAGUCCCAACCAUAUGAACAAUAUCAUGACCAUCUUGGCUGAUGCCUUCCAUGGAUGCUUCAACUUCCUACUCACACUUGUGUCCUACAGCUACAUAAUUGCCAGCAUUCUAUGCAUCUGCUCAGCUGAGGGAAAGCAGACAGCCUUCUCCACCUGCUUCUCCCGCCUCAUCAUGGUCUACUACUCAGCUGUGUUCUGUGCCUACAUCAGACCUGUAAUCAGCUACAGCCCUGAGAGAAGCAAACUGGCUGGAGUGCUGUACACAACCAUAAGUCUCACACUAAACCCACCCAUCUACACACUGAGGAACAAGGAGAUCAAGACAGUGCUAGGGAAACUUCCCCUUUAG